ACUUCUACUCCUUGUUUACCUCAAUGGGUGAAGUAAUUCGUUAUCUCAAGGGCGUCGAUUACAAAUCGUAUAAAGAAGCUAUCAAGGCGUAUAGUUGCUUUGACCACUUCAACAGGUCAACCGAAACAUAUUCAUUCGCCAAUUAUUUUAACAUCAUGCCAUCUUGUGAAAAAGAGGUCAUUAGCGUGUUAAGCAAUCUCGUGAGAAAGCAUGGCGAAUAUCUUUCAAAGCAUUCUGACGAAGAGACUGAAGAGUUGUUUCAGGCCGAAAUUAACGCUAUGGUUGUUUGCAAUGCUGAAGAAUAUUAUCGUUGUAUGAUGGAUGGCGGGGCUGAAGGCUGGAACAAACGUGAUACCCAUAUGAUGAAUAUCCUGCAGAUCUUGAUAAAGAAAUAUGAAAGAGCUCUAAAAGGAAAAGAAGCCAAAGUUGUUGUUUGGGCUCAUAACAGCCAUAUUGGCGAUGCAUCUCAAACGGAUCAAGGAUGGGCCCGUGGUGAGAUUAACAUCGGACAACUAGCCCGUGAGCGACUCGGUCAUAAUCGUGUCUUUAACAUUGGGUUCACUACUCACUCCGGAACAGUCAUUGCAGCUUCGAAUUGGGGCGCUUCAAGGGAGGUUAAAACAGUAAAUCUAUCACGGAAAGAUUCUGUUGAAAAUAUUUUUCAUAGCAUCGCUGGAGAAAUCAAUGAACAAAACUUUAUCCUACCAUUUACCAGAAUCUCACCGGAGAAUAAUAAAAAAACACCGAUCUCUUCGGACUUGGUUGCAGAUCUUGCACGUGAACCUUGCCUACUUCAACGUGCAAUCGGUGUAAUCUAUGCACCACACACCGAACGUGCAUCACAUUAUUAUCAAGCAAAGAUCUCGAAACAAUUCGACGCAGUGAUUCAUAUCGAUUGGACGAAUGCGCUGAAGCCAUUGGAUGAGGUCGAAAAAAUCGAACCUGAAGAAAUUAUGCAUGAGUUACCUGAAACCUUUCCAACGGGCGAAUAA